AUGACGAAUCGGCACUCUUACACUCCCAGCCUCUCAGAAGCAAACAAAGAGGCUGCUGAUAUCAUCAACAGCGAUAGACAGCAGCGGAGAGUUGCAUCUAUUACAUCUACUACUACAACACCAUCUACUACUGCUAGUAGUAAGCAACCAGAAACAGAGGGGAGGAGAGGAAAGAAUAGAAGCAGUGCCACUCGCACCACUGAAAGCAGUGUGGAACGCAAGUUGGCGAAAGAGGUGGAAUUCUGGGAUUCAAAUUAUCAAUCUGGCGGUAACAAAGACCUUGAAGUUGACAGAGCUGAGCUUACCGUGAGUCAGGAACCUUUCGUAAGAACAACAAGGACAAGUCAGAGUAGCCAUUCCAGCAACACUAGUAGUGGAAGACGCUCUCCAUUUACUAGAAGAAGCAGCCUGAGUACUAGCAGUACUGGCAGCAGACGAUUCAAGAUGAGAAAGGUCAAUUCUACUGGUAGUAACGGUAAGGGAGGUGGAAGCAACGGUAACAAAGAAUCGGGACUCGAAGAAACAAUGACAGGAAAGGCCCAAGUUUUGGGAGCCACAAAUUCUGGUAUAAAACGUACAGCUACAUCGGGUUCAACCGAAGGCAGGAGAAAUCGUGGCGGAAAUCGAUCGAACCAUUCUCAAUCGACAUCGAGCACGUUACGACGCGCUGUUACCGAUACAGGAAUGUCCCGCUCCAAACACGAAGUAUCUCCUACCACUAGGUCCAACAACAAGUUGACUUCGCAGUUCAUGAGAAAGGGAGUUCCCACCAAAGGAUUCCCCACUCAUGCCACUGCCAUCUCCACGACUGCUACUAUUAAUAAUAGUACUUUACUAGCCGAACACUCGGACCUCAGUGAUCCCGAUGACGACGAUGAUGAUGAUGAUGACAAUGACCACCAAGACGACCCUCUUUCUCUGACCAGUACUACUGCAGCCAUUGUUAGUUUUGGUACCAUGCCUCGGGCUGACCGCACGGGACGACUCAAGUCCGUCAAUAUCGACGACAGUCGUCGAGACAGUGGCGGAUUUUUACAGAAUUCCAUUCGAAACUUUCUUGGAAGACGCAGCUUGUCCGAACAAGAAACAAACAGCCAAACGGGCAGUACGUUACUAGCCGGACUGGGAGACAAGUAUCAAGUCGAUCAGAGUGUCAACCUUAUGGAUAUGGAAUCUGCCGAACGACAAAUGCAAAAACGACAAAAGAAACAGCAACGCAAGAGUUUCAAGGAUAUCUUCUUUGGAGACGAAAUGCAGUUUGAUGACGUGGGAAUGGAUGAUAACUCACACGCAUCCUUCAAGCCACGACGCAGUGUCAUGAUUCAACAUCAGUCCAAACCACCACCGCCGUGGACCAAGUGGUGCACGGCCAUUAUUGUUUCACUUGUACUUUUGGGGAUUGUGGGGCUCCUGGUGCCACUUGUCGUGCAGGGGUCCGUCGGUGGUGGUAACAAUAACAGUGAGGCCGUUACCACACCCGCUCCUACGGCUCUUACCACCACACUGCUGACACCGACAGAGACACCCGCAUCUACUAGUACUACAGAGACCGAAGAAGAAGAAGAGAUGUUGUCGGUUGGUGCUUCCGAAAGUUCCGUCAUUCCUCCGGCCGAACAAGCUGCCAGUCUCAGUCAAGAACAAAAAGAACAACUAGACAACAAACUGGAACCAGAACAACAACAAGAAUCUACUACAACUGCACAAGUAGUAGUUGAAGAAGGAGAAGGAAAACCACCCGAAGAUCUAUCCAUUGCCAAAAACGAACUCUGGGAUGAUCUCGUUGGAUUGAUCACCAGAAAGGGUGUCACACCGCAAGGUGACUUUGAUGAUCCAACCACCAGUGCCUACAAGGCUUUGGAUUGGAUGAUUGAAUACGAUAAAUCAAAUGACUUGUCCAUCAUUUCAUCCGAUACUGAAUCCAACCUUCUCGAAACAUACGCACUCGCUGUCCUAUACUUUGCCACACAUCCGUCCAUUGGCGCCAAUACAAGACCCAUUGUCAAGAGUUUCUCACUCAAGACAAACCACGGCAAUAAUGAGAAUGAGAAUGAGGAUUCUGCUGCGGCAACAGAGACAGAAGAAACAGAGAGUAGUCUGCUCCUCGAAGAACUACAGCACGAUUGGAUACAUCAGUCCAAACCAAAGUGUCAUUGGAAGGGUGUACGAUGUAGCCAUCUUCACAAUGUUGUCAAGCUCAAUGUCACACGCAGUCAUCUCGCAGGGACGCUGCCCGCCGAAUUGAACGCAUUGCAACACUUGAUUGAAGUGGACUUGAGUCACAACAAUAUUGGUGGAACUUUGCCGUCAACAUGGCCUACUGGAUUGACACACAUGCAGAAAGUCGAUCUGUCCCACAAUCGACUCGUGGGUGCCGUACCUGACACUUGGAAGGAGCUCUGGCUUGACAACAACGUCGUGGUGGAGCUGAGCCAAAACGAACAGCUCGAUGCAUCUUCGGGUGGUUAG